UUUUCUUUUCCAACCUCCUUUCUCAAUGUAUUCCAUUCCAUUUUAGUUGAAGACAAUAACACCAUGGAACUAUUAUCAACAUUAUUCCAAGUCCCAUUGACAACAGAAUCGAAAGGCUCUAAAGCGUAUUACGAACAAGUCCUUGGAAGGAUAGCGGAAACUUUACUACUUGGCUAUGAUAUCUGUAUCAAGGAUAAAUCACAUCACCAACAACCAUUCAAGCAUGAUAUCCAUCGCUAUGGAAUACUUGAGGCCGAAGUAUAUUUCAAGACCUUGCCAGAAUACCAUCAUGAUGAUCCAUUCACUCAUGCUCAUCCUUUACAGUAUCAAAAUGGCGUUUGGUUCUUUCAUCAUGUGGGACAUAGCAAAGGAUAUCGUGGAGGUAGUCGGAAAGGGAUGGAUGUGACCUUGAUUGGAACAACACCAAGAAAUAAUAAAUCUGGUGGCUGUGGUGGUAUCUUGAUUCGUGCCGUCCAGUGUCACAGAACUGGGAAAGUGAUUGAAGGUCCUAGUCUAUGGGUAGAUUUGAUUUUGAAGACACUUGGCCAUACUAGUAUCAAGGAUAUGAUCUCCUGUUGUUUUCCUCAGCAAGAAAGUCAAUCUAGUUGGGAUUCAACCUGUGGUCUUUAUUUGGCACCCAAACUACAACAACAACAACAACAACAAUCUUUAUAUGCUUCUUAUCGGAUUGGUCUUGGUUUGAAAAACAAAACACCAAGUUUGGAGAAACGUUUAGGGUAUGUAUGUCGUGCCUAUCGAUUUGUGGUUCAUCGGGAAUUAUUGAAAAAGGGCAAGGCUUGGGAUAUAUUGACUCAAUUGCAUCAUCAACACAUGACAAACACGAAAUCAUCAUCGAAGAAAACGUCGAAAUUUGUCGAAAGUUGUCAAGUAGAAUAUUGGCAAGGUCGAAAGGAUGCAGCGACGGUCAUUCGAACUUGUGUACAAGGAUCAAAGGAUAUUGUUCAAGGUAGCUCGGCUUGGAAAUUGCGUGUCAUGAGUGCAAUCUUAUGGUGGGAAGAACAAAUCAUCAGUGGCAAUCAAGUGGAUUUAGGAUUGUAGUAUAGUUAUUGUAUUUAGUUUUGUAUAUAGUUGUAUUUUUAUUGAUGAUCAACAAAAUAAAUAAAUAAAUAAAUAAAUAAAAAAAAAAUAGUAUA